UUCGCCACGAAGCCAGAAUUUUUUCACUUACAUUUUCGUGCACCAACCAGUUUCUGUGUGCGCCUUCAAGCUGCAAAGUGGUUGGCCUACACACGAUCCCGCUUUUAAUUUCACCUUCCGUUCUUCCUGUUUCCCCUGGUUUUCCGCGUCAUCUGACCAUUCAUCAUUCGCGUGAGAGGACAGCCCAAUUAGCGUUCUCUCAGAGGCCAGCUGUGUGACUUCCACGUCUGUGUGGACGGACGGCAAAAAGAUAAUGUACCUCUUUGACAAAGCAACUGUAUAAACACAGUGUGUCACACCAUAUCUAAAUCUGACUGUUCAGAAGACACACACUUACGUCGACAACUAUAUGUGGGUAUAAAGAGGUUUGCACAUUUUCCUCAUGACGCCCACCAUCCCUCUUCGGUGAUACGAGAUACAUCGUACCAAUCCAGAGAGCUGUCCGUGAAUCGUCUCCAGACCCAACGCUCGGGGGCGCACUCUUGUCCACGCGUGUGUGCUCGAGUCUUGUGCGUUUCGUUCGCCCUUAUAUCCGUUCUUAUCUUCGGUUGAAAACUGGUUUUGGUUGUGUGCCUGUUCCUGAAUGUAAUGCCAGAAAACGGACGGUGGACGUGACGACAGUCAUUUCUCCUAACAGAUUUCGAGUACGAAUGUCUCCUGGGCAACUAUGGAUGUCAACAGUUGGGCCUCGGUUGCAUGUUAAAAUAGUUCUACCAGCCCCGUCUACCUGCGCUGGCGCAAGGUUUUGUCUGUGUGCGUGCAUUGGGAUGUCGGACACAUGAGUUGGCGACAUCGAGAAAGAUUAUACCAUUUCUUGGAACCUAAAAAGACGUGGGGCGGUUCAGACGCUGGGUGAACUUCUUUGGUCCGUGGUUGUGAUGAAAGACCUCUGCCACAAGCAACAACGUUCGACGUAAAGCCACUCGAAAUUUGCUUCCGGGAAACAUCGCGGCUCUCUCUGCGUGUAAUUACUUGGACAUCCGGUGCUCACAAUCUUAAAGAACAGACAAGGAAGCGCUAAUCCGUCCGCCCUCCCAUGGUCUACUUUCGCGUCUUGCUGCCCUGAAGUGCCCCAUGGAGACUUUGCUGUUCAGCCGCCUGUGAAGGUUACAGCGUGACGAAGAAUCAGCCGUCGAGAAAGCCAUCUUCCUGUUUCUACGCUGAGCAUACACGCUGUGAACGACCCGAGUCUUCCAUUCAAAGUGCGUUUCCCGGAGAGACGGAUGACGUUCAGCGCAUCCCGUGUCCGCGAUUUCAAAGAUGUCUAACUCUCUUGGGUCGUUUCUUCUGGGAGGCCUGGUGCAGCCUCUGCUCGGCACCCUGCAGAACUGGACAUCGAAAAAGAGGAAGCAGCGAGAAGACGAGCAGGCGGGACUGCAAACGGCUGCCUCGGGAGUGGCUUGUAGCCAGAGUGGCCGACCUCUUGGUUCCGUUCCAGCAGGGUGUGUCUUAAGGCAGGGAGGACGAAUCAUCCCGGCUGAUAGCUUGCCCGGAAGGAGAGAACGAUGUUCCGGUGGCCACACAAAAGACGGCAGCGGCUGGAGUGUAUUGCCAUCGCAAAAAUCUCUCGCGCCCGCAGCGAAGCGUCGUCGCGGUUCGGCUGGUAGAGGGCAAGGAAACGCCACUGGUGGGAACCGCCGAGAUGCGGAACGAAAUGAAGCUGGAGACACAGGUGUGCUGACGGAAGACGACUCCUCUCAAUCGGUCCACCAGUGGCCCGCCACAGAGCACCCUGGGGGGCAGCUGCAAAGGUCGAAGCGGGGCAAAGCGCUCAGGAGAAAGGCGAGGAAUUCAGCAAAGAAGGCGCCGGAACGGGAGGGUAUCCCGGAAUCUGAGUUUCAGAGACCUCUGGGAUCAGAGGCGCUGCGGGAAAUGAGUUCUCAGAUUCCUGGGACAGACUCGGCUUCAGAAAACCUAGAAGCAAAGGCGACGGGUCAUGAUGCUCUCUCGUCCCAUGCCUCCGUUUCCACAUUCCCAUCAACGGAGAUAAGGGAAAUACAGCGGAAGACAGCCGCCAGUUUGCCAUCGAGCGGUCAUCUGUCGACAUCUCUAGCGUUCGCGCGUCCGCUGGGGUUCCCUGCGGGCUCUUCUGCCAGUGCAGCAGAACUCGAGGCGCGUCCCGGCCAGGCGAGGGGCAACGGCCUGUGCAGACAGGAAGGAUCUGGGACAGUGGAAGGAAAGGUUCUUACCAGAAUUACUUCCUCGCUGUCUCCUCAUCUCUCCUCUGCCAACGAGCAGACCCUCCAGAAUAGGGGAGGGUAUCUCUCAUCGGCGGCGCCGAAUCACCUGUCGUCCCCGUCCGCACCGUCCCUCCCGAAUUCCUCCUGCUCGGUUCCGUGUUCUACGGGGGACGGCGAGAGGGGACACGCGCAGACGCAAUUCUCUUCUUUGCCAUCAUCGCUCGAUCCACAGACAGGUGAAGUGGGCUCCCGAGGCUCUGACCCUUUUUCUCGGCUUGCACAGAACUGCGGAUCGUCCAUAUCGUCGCGGAUCGACGGUAGAUACGCGGAAACUGGUCCGUGCUGCGGUGGAGAGAGCGGAGAUAGAGGUGUGGAUAACCUUUGGUCGAAUUCGAAGGCGCCGCAGAUGUUUCGGCCCUUGUCGUCUCUGAGUGCUGCGUCAUCUUCAACCACUGCCUCUGUUACCACCUGCGCCAGCACUAGAGUCGUAGCCUCCUCUUCACGUUCUAUGUGUUUUUCGAAUGACACCCACCGAACUAUCUCUUCAUCGACGUUGUAUGCCAACUAUGAACAGAAAGAGGGAACAUUGGGCGAGGCAACGGGACGUGGUGGUAUUACAAUGGAAACUCGUUCUUUUGCUCACCAAAUCCAGCACAGUGAGCAGAGGCGCGAGCAGAUGUUCACAAACGAUUCUCAAAAAGACAGGGAAGACGACAAGGAGAAUCAUAUUCUGCUGGAGGAGGAAGACGAGGAGGCCGGACACGAGGGCAAAAAACGGUCAGAGGUGUUUGGACAUCGCGUUCUGCGUCCGCUUCGAAGCAAGAACUUGCACGAAAACUACGAUGCGCUCAUUGACAUUGUCGCCUUCGCUAAACGGAGGUGCGAGAAAGAGACGAUGGAGCUGCUGCGGCGGGACGUGCAGAUCUUGUAUUAUGCGCGAGGCCUUCACCAUCCAACUCAUGUGCAGACUUUCCAGCGGCAAGCGCAACAUCCUUUGACAUCAGGGGCUGCGCCUCAGGGCCCCCCUCCUUCGUUUUCUUCUCUCCCGUCUGUCACUGCGGCGUUGGCUGCGGGUGCCCAUCCUCAUCCAUGCCCCUCUUGGGCGACGCGUGAGGAACUCCGAGCUGCGAUGAGCCGCCAAGACGCGUUUAACCCCUUCACAGUUUUCGGGGAGGCGCCUCCCGAACUUGUUUUGUCGGAGAUAUACGACCAGCGACACUACACGCAUGUCUCUGCUCAGACUCGGGCGUCCCACCCCGUCAUCGCUCGGCUCGCUGCUUCCCAUGGUGAGGCGGCGGCGUCCAGAGACAGCGAAGGAGACCGUCGUCUCCAACUGCCGGAGUCCCGCCGCGAUUUGAUGGCGAGGAAAGGGAUUGCCCCGGAAGAGGCAAAACGCCUGUGGAUGGAAGCGUUGGAAGAUCUGCAGAGAAAACGGGACAUGACGGAGAGAGGGGGACAGGUGACUGCGGCAUUUCACCGAGAACUUGUGAAGUACGGCUUCGCUCGACAGCUAGAUGUAACCGCCUUCCGCGAAAAGCUGCUGCCUGCAUUAGAGGCCUGGUGGAAGGGCCAGUGCGACAUCGAGUUGGAUUGGAGACACGACCCGUUGACCGGAGAAGAGUGUGCGUGGUACGCAGAGGCCAUGCAUGCUCUCACAGAUGCGACAGACAUCAUGACCGUCAAGCAGCUCUGCUUCUGUCCCACACCUCCACCGUAUAGGCCCUGGUCCUGGACGGACAGUCGUUUUCGCCUGCGACAGAAGACCGAGGCCCGGCGGAGAGCGAAAGAACUGCGACGCAAACGCGGACAAGGCGCAGGAGCGAAAGAAAGCGGAGAUGUCAAUCCAGAGGGGGAAAUGCAGGACUGGGAAGGUGGACAGACUCCGCAGGCGAGUGCGUCAGAACUGGAGGGAUAUGAGAGAGGCCGGGGAGGUUUGAGCGCCAGAAAGCGAAGUCGGUCUCGGGCAAGACGCGGUGCUGGUGAGAGUGGAGAGCAACGGGCGAAGCAGACGGAAGGUGCAGGCCUCGCGUCCGCGUUCACUGCUGGAGGUGCCGCCUCGUCUCUGGAUCGUACCGGAGGCACUGGAACAGACGAAAAAAACGGUGCCUUUUCUGAAGGCUCACCAAUUACCCCUCAAGUUCGUCGAGGGGUCGGCGGACAACUUAUCGUGAUUACUCGUCGAGGGGCCCUUUCGCAAGAUCAGUCAACCUUCCCACAUGCAGGCCCUGAAGGUCAGUCAGGAAACUGCGACGCACCAAGGGGCCAUGUGGCGAAACGACUGAAACCCAACUCGCCCCGCUCAACAGCUGCGCAGAGAGAAGCGUCAAGCUCGUACACGAGCGGUGCGGCAAAUUCCGGCAUGCCUGGGGGCUCAACUGGAUCGUCCUCGCAGUGCUCUUCUGCUUCACUACGGAAGAAAGACGAAGGCGACAUUCAGAGCGGGAACGGGAUCUCGGGGUCCCAUGCCGCAUCGUGGGUCGCGGCAAAGAAUCGAGUUGCGAGGGCCUAUCCCUGGAAUACACCGCCAAGCAAGAAGCCGGGACUGCGCUCUGCAUUAGAGAGGCGCGCCGCCGCUACCGCGGCGGCGGCAGCCGCAGCAGUGGCUGGCUGGACUGGGAACCGUCCGCUUGUGUCUCCGGACAACUUGAACAGGACUUCGCCCGGAGUCUUUUCGGGGAAAACGUUUUGUACAACGCAGUGGUGGCCCCGCCACCAAGCCCUCAGGGGCAUGCAAACCUCACCCUUCGCCUCGAGCACUGGCGUAUCUGGCGGCAACGCAAAGGCUCUUGGGUUGCCUUCGUCUGUAGGUCAGGAGGCUCGUUCUCUUGGACAGGACCCCGCAGGAGUAUCGGCUCCUGGAGGAAGGAGUGGCGCGAACGGCGCCGCUAUCUCUUCUAGUGCCCGACCGGGGCAGGGUAUGUGGACCAGAGUGGAGCAACUUGAAGAGCGAGGAAAACGUGUUUACUCCCGACCCCUAGCUACUGUUCCAAGAGCUCGUCUUUCUAUUGACCGUGUUUAUGGAGGCCGACACAACGAUUUCGUUAGAACGCCGUAUACGUCCUGGCCCACGUUUUAAGCCUUGUCUGCUGCCAGGCGUGUGGCCGACAUGAAGUUUUGAGGAAAGACGGAUGGACAAGGCCUCAUUAGAGGGUAACAGACAGGCGCAAUAUGUGGAGGUGUGUCUGUGAGGGUUGCCGAGCAGGCUGUGUUGUUGCGUUAACACAUUCCUGUUGAGAAAACGAGUGUGAAAUCGCUGUUUUUUCUUGUUUGACGUUACCCACUGGUAAGGAAGUGGGUACUGGCACAGGAUCUGCGUCCAAGGACAGAAAGAGUAUUUUUGGGGGCCAUGUGAAGGUCAUGAGGUCUUACGCUGAAAAGGGCCCAGUGUUGCCUUUUUGUCUUUGCCAACAUGCGUAGCCGUGCGACAGUCCCGAUGUGGUGACACGCUUCUGACACCUGCCAUCAGGGGGUUGUAUUUCUCUUUCGUCUGAGUGUGACGUUUCUUUCUGUAUGUGGCGCUUGUACGGAAGACACGAGAGUGACCCAAGACUACAAACAGGUCACUACAGAACACGAAUUAAACUAGAGGGGGAAACUGGUGGGGAAAAGGGGAGAUUGCGCUGCUGACGAAAUGCUUGUCCGUAGUGACAAGCGACAGCUUGUCAUUUUGACCUAAAAACAACCUCCGAGUUCGGUAGUUGAAAAAACGCUCGAAAGUGAUUUCACUGGAGACGAGUUAAAUGAGCACACACUGUCUUUUGCCUUUUUCGCGGACACACUGAAUGCGUAUCCAAUGCUGGAUAGUCAAACUUGACCGUGAAAUGAAUGCGUUACAAUCAGACGAAUCUC